CUUCCUUCCUCACAUAUCCCCAGAUCACAAUGCGGUCGACACUCCGGUUGCUGGCCAACGUCAAGCCGGCUCGCUACUUGGAGCCCUUCGCUCCUACCGGCUUGGCCGGUCUCAAUACUCACCCCAGCCCCCGUCCCACCUUGAUCUUCCUUUACACAACGACCUUGAACAAGCUCAAGUCUUUCCCCGAGUCUUCUGUCUACCGUCAAUCCACCGAAGCAUUGACCCGCCACCGUCUGCAAAUCAUCGAGUCCACGAAGCCGCCUGGAUUUGAAGCUUGGUUGGAGCGCGUGAAGAAGACUCUGGCCGCCGAGCCUGAGCGCUUUGCCAAUCUCCGUCAAGCCGACGGCACGUACGCAGCUACUGAGCGUCCCGAUGGCAGCGAUAACGUCCGUGGAGAGGAGUGGGACGGUGAAGCCAUGGAGGCGACCACUGAAGGUCCCGCUCGUACCCCGGAAGAAGAAGCCCGCUUCGCACAGCUGAUUGAGGAGGGUUCUUCCGCCAAGAACAACGAAUCGGACUUCUUCCCUCAGCACCAGAAGUGGGAGGCUGAGCCCGCUCUGACGGUAGAACAGGUUUCUGAAAUUGAGAAGCAAAUCGGUGCUGGUCUCAUCGAAGAGGUCAUCCAGGUCGCUGAGGGUGAGUUAAAGGUCGUUGACGAGUUGUACAAGUCGCAAGCCUGGUCGGAACUCGAGGAGAAGCCUAGACCUGGUCAGUGGUCUUACUUUGAGCGUCAUGAGUAGAGGCUCGGUAUAGGAGGAUGUUCUCAUGAACGACAGACUUGACUCAAGAUUUCCUAUUGCUUGUAACUAUAAGUUUACGUGUGUCCAAUCAAUUCCAAUCCCAACGGC